AUGGCGCCUUCUGACGAAAAGCCCACGGAUAACCCUCCCGCUGCUGGAGAGGGCAGCAAGCAGGAAAAAGAGGUCAAGGAAGCUGUCAGCGGCCUGAACCCUCAGCAGCUCAAGGAACUGCUCGCCCUCAACCCCGCACUCGUCCAAGAGGUUGCGCAAGCUUCCGGAAUCACGAACCCGACUCCCGACCAGGCGGCCGACCUAUUGAAGAACAUGAGCAUGUCUGAUAUCAUGACGGGCAUGGCUGCUGAUGGCAAGGGUGUCAAGGACAUGGCUUCCUACAAGUUCUGGCAGACACAGCCUGUGCCCAAGUUUGGCGAGGACGACAAGAAGGCAAAGGAGGGUCCUCUGCGUCUGCAAAAGGUCGAGGAGAUUGAGAAGAGCCCUGCUCCUCUGCUUUCUGGCUUCGAAUGGGUUGAGAUUGACCUCAAGAGUGACGAGGAGAUGAAGGAGGUCUACGAGUUGCUCAACGGCCACUACGUUGAGGAUGUCGACUCGACUUUCCGCUUCAACUACUCUCCCUCCAUUCUCCGCUGGGCUAUGAUGGCUCCCGGUUGGGACAAGAAGUACCACGUUGGUAUUCGCGCAUCCCAGUCGCGAAAGCUUGUCGCCUUCAUCUCCGCUAUCCCCGUCCACAUCCGAGUUCGCGACAAUGUCAUCACAUGCUCUGAAGUUAACUUCCUGUGUAUCCACAAGAAACUUCGCAACAAGCGUCUGGCACCAAUCUUAAUCAAGGAAAUCACACGCGUGAGCAACCUUAACAGCGUCUGGCAAGGUCUUUACACAGCUGGUGUUGUCCUCCCCCGACCCGUCAGCACCUGCAGAUACUACCACCGUCCUCUUGACUGGCAGAAGCUCUGGGAGUGUGGAUUCAGCUAUCUUCCUCCCGGCAGCAAGCCCCAGUACCAGGUGCACAAGUAUGCCCUGCCUAGCAAGACUGCCACUAAGGGCCUUCGCGAGAUGGAGGUGAAGGAUCUGGAUGAUGUUGUCAGCCUUCAAAAGCGCUACUCGUCGCGCUUUGAGAUUGCUCCUGAAAUGACCAAGGAGGAGGCGCAUCACUGGUUGAUUCCCAAGGCGGAUGCUUCUGGUGAACAGGCCGUCUGGUCCUAUGUUGUCGAGGAAAGUGGCAAGGUUACCGACUUCUUCUCCUUCUACUGCGUCGAAUCGUCCGUUAUCAACAACCCCAAGCACAAGGUGGUCCGUGUUGCCUACCUCUUCUACUAUGGUAGCAAGACUGGCCUCGUCGAGCCCUUCAACAAGGACAACCUGAAGAAGCGACUCAACGAGCUCAUCGGCGACGCCUUGAUUUUGGCCAAGAAGCACAAGUUUGAUGUCUUCAACGCCUUAACCCUCAUGGAUAACGGCAUGUUCCUCGAGCAGCAAAAGUUUGCUGCCGGUGACGGUACGCUUCACUACUAUCUGUUCAACUACCGCGCCAACGCUAUUUCUGGCGGCUUGGAUGCGAACCAGAAGCUGGACAGCACCCUCCAGAGUGGUGUUGGUCUGGUUCUGCCGUAA